UCAUAUCAACCACAGAGAACAAUAACAAUGGCACAUGCAGUAAACCCCAGUUUCCACGUAGUACUCAUUCUCUUCAUUUCCCUUGCUUCAUCUUUCGCAACGGGAGCUGUUCAAUAUAAUGUGCGAAGCUAUGGAGCCAAGCCUGACGGCAAAACAGAUUCAACCAAGGCCUUUCUAGCCGCUUGGACACAAGCUUGUGCCUCUACAAAAUCAGUCACCAUCUACGCUCCUAAGGGAAGGUUCCUUCUAAGUAAACUUGCAUUCCAGGGUCCUUGCAAAAACAAUGCUACUGUUUUGCGUAUAGAUGGUAGCCUUGUGGCUCCUUCAGAUUACAGUGUCAUAGGAAGUUCUCAGAAUUGGAUAAGCUUUGAACAUGUUAAUGGGGUUAAGGUUUCUGGUGGUAUUCUUGAUGGACAAGGCACUGGAUUGUGGUCUUGCAAGGCCUCCGGCAAGAGUUGCCCGGACGGUGCAACGUCACUUGGAUUUGCAAAUUCAAAAAACAUUGUGAUAAGCGGAUUGACGUCGCUGAAUAGCCAAAAGAUUCACAUUCUCAUCGAUUCAUGCCAAAACGUCAAAGUGCAAGGAGUGAAAAUCAUGGCCUCCGGGAAGAGCCCUAACACCGAUGGGAUUCACGUUCAAGCAUCCACUAGUGUCACCAUCUUGAAUUCUAAGAUUGGCACAGGGGAUGAUUGUGUAUCAAUUUCCCCUGGCACCAGUAAUAUGUGGGUUCAGAAUGUUGCCUGUGGACCUGGCCAUGGAAUAAGCAUUGGGAGUUUAGGCAAGUCCCUUCAAGAAGGUGGAGUUCAAAAUGUGACAGUCACACAAACUAUAUUUACUGGUACCAGCAAUGGAGUUAGAAUUAAGACAUGGGGGAGACCUAGUAACGGAUUUGCUAAGAACAUUAUUUUCGAACAUCUUAUCAUGAAUAAUGUUCAAAAUCCUAUUGUGAUCGAUCAAAAUUACUGCCCUGGCCAUAACAACUGCCCUAGCCAGGAUUCUGGAGUAAAAAUUAGUAAUGUGACUUAUUUAGACAUUCAUGGAUCAUCAGGGACAAAAAUUGCAGUAAAAUUUGAUUGCAGUAAGAAGUACCCAUGUAAUGGAAUUGAAUUAAAGGAUAUAAAUCUCACUUACAAGAACCAACCAGCUGAAGCAUCAUGCAAUAAUAGCAGUGGAGCCUGUCUGCAGAGGGAAAGUGACAAAAGUCUUGUGUUAGGCUUUACUGGAGUAUAGAAAUAUGAAAUUUGAUGUGUAAAUUAAAAAUGUUGAUGUUGAAUUUUCAUUAAUUGCUUGAGCCAAUGGUAUUUAGGCAUGUAAUUGUUAGGAGAGUAUAUCUUGUUAAAUAAAAUUUUAUGUAACUAAGGUUGUCAGUA